AUGAACCUUGAUUUGGCGCUUUAUGUAGAUGAACCACCCAUCCCCACGGAAUCAAGUUCACCAACUGAUAAGGCUUCUUAUGAGCGGUGGGAGCAAUCUAAUCGCUUAAGUUUGAUACUCAUUAAGUCUCAUAUCAGUAAGGGUAUCAGGGGUUCAAUCCCUGAUUACUAUAAGGCAAAAGAUUUCAUGAAGGCCAUAGAAGAGCAGUUUAUCAACUCUAAUAAGGCCUUGGCUAGCACCCUGAUAAAAAAACUUUCAGACAUGAGGCAUAAUGGUUCUAAAGGUGUGCGUCAACACAAUAUGGAGAUCCGGGACAUUGCUGCUCAACUCAGAGGUUUAGAGACAUAA